CACCGAGCCGCGGCGCGCACGGCGACUGUCCCGCCUGCCACAAUGCGCGGUGAAGCUGCGGCCGCGACUUGGCGCGGUCGUCCCUAACGUCGCCGCUCGGCAUCCUUAGGACAGGCCACCCCUGACGCCGUACCGGGACCCCACUGGUUUGCGCCACCCCCCCAUGCGCUCACUCUUCGGUGUCCCGCCGAGCGGGCGCCUCGUGGACGCGGAGCCGCGCGGGUGACGGCAGAGGCGGCUGCGCGCCCAGCCCAGCCCGCGGAGAGGGCACGCCGCGCCCCCGCCCCCCCGCCCGCUCUCCGGAGGCUCUGGGUGCGGAUGCGCCGCUGACGACUCGCAGCGACUAGCAGUGCCGCCGGCACGCCGGCCGGAGCCCGCAGCAUGGCAGCCGCCGCCUAUGUGGACCACUUCGCCGCCGAGUGCCUCGUGUCCAUGUCGAGCCGCGCGGUAGUGCACGGGCCGCGGGAGGGGCCGGAGCCCGGACCCGAGGGCGCGGCCGCUGCUGUCGCCGCCACGCUGCCCCGCGUCGAGGAGCGCCGCGACGGCAAGGACAGCGCCUCGCUCUUCGUGGUGGCGCGGAUCCUGGCGGACCUAAACCAGCAAGCACCGGCGCCCGCCCCGGCGGAGCGCAGAGAGGGCGCCGCGGCCCGGAAGGCGAGGACCCCCUGCCGUCUGCCGCCCGCGUCUCCCCCGGUCCCCGAGCCCGCCUCCCCCGGCGGCGAAGGCGCGGCGGCCGCGCCCCUCAGCCCCGCGUGGAGCGAGCCCGAGCCCGAGGUGGAGUUGGAGCCAGACAGGGAGCCUGGGCCCGCGGGGAGCGGCGAGCCCGGCCUCAGACAAAGGGGCCGGCGGGGCCGAAGUCGCUCCGACCUCGAGUCCCCACAGAGAAAGCACAAGUGUCACUACGCGGGCUGCGAGAAAGUUUACGGGAAAUCCUCGCACCUCAAGGCGCACCUGAGAACUCACACAGGUGAGAGGCCCUUCGCCUGCAGCUGGCCCGACUGCAGCAAGAAGUUCGCGCGCUCGGACGAGCUGGCGCGGCACUACCGCACGCACACGGGCGAGAAGAAGUUCAGCUGCCCCAUCUGCGACAAGCGCUUCAUGCGCAGCGACCACCUGACCAAGCACGCGCGCCGCCACGCCAACUUCCACCCGGGGAUGCUGCAGCGGCGCGGCGGCGGCUCGCGCACCGGCUCGCUCAGCGACUACAGCCGCUCGGACGCCAGCAGCCCCACCAUCAGUCCGGCCAGCUCGCCCUGAGCGCUGCGCCGGCCGGCGGAGCGCGUCCCCGUAGCAGCAGCACAGUCCCCGCCCCUGCGCCCCACUGUCCGCCCGCGGGCCCCUCCCCCACUCCGGCCCCGAACUGAUGGAUGCUCUCAUUUCCCCUGUGACCCCCGUUGUGUACUUUUGUAAUCAGAAAAAAGAGACAGAAUUCGAUGAAGUCAGCCCCCCCCCCCACCGAUUUUCUUCACCUCAGGUGUCAAACUCAAUUUGUAAAAAAAAACAAACAACCAAUUUUUUUUUUUUUUUUAAAAAACACCAUCCACAAGUUGCACAAUGGACGUACCCACAAAGGCGAGAGUCCGCGGUGUGAAACCCGUUCUCAGGGAUGGACACGGUCCGGGUCCGGAGCUCGGUGAGGACGCCCCUUCCUGCCGCCUUACACUGUACAUAGAUUUGCACUCGGGAGCUUUCUGGGGCUCGCUCGGGCACACUCUGGGGACCCAGCCCGGGAAGCGGUGCCCGUGGAGCUCAGCGUCCAGCCCGCGGGUCUGUCCGUCGGCCCCUUGGGAGCAGAUGUGCUCGUUGACACUUGUGCUUCCAGGGCAGGCGCCCAAGCGGGGGCCCAAGCGCCCCACUGGCUGCCACCGCCCAGCCUCCGGCCCCUGCCCCAGCGGCCGGCCGGGCUCAGGACAUACACGGGUCAGAGGGGUGCCUUAAGCCACGCCAGGCAAAGGAGCACAGUCCCCCCUGUCCCUGGCCUCUCUCUGGGGCCCUGGGAGCAGAGGCUGGGAGACCACUGCACCAUCGACGUCCAGUGCGACCUGCGGGGGCCACACUGCAGCCCUCAGCCUGGCCCAGGGUCGCGCCCCGAACAGGAGUACCUGCUCCUCGGUGCCCCUGCAGAAGACGUCAGAGACCGGGGAAUCCCGAUGUUCCACAGAGACGUCCCAAAGUGUCAUUGGUGCAUCCAGAUCCCUGCUCUCCUGACCGGGCCGCCUCCUGCUAUCGGGACACCUUUGUUUGAACCAGUGGGUGAAGUUGCCUGGCUGCCUUGCCGCAGGCUCCGCGUGGGUGGCCGGGCAUGUGGCCGGGCAUGUGGCCGCGCUCGGUGCCUCCCCAAGGCCCAUCUAUAGCAGGACACCGGAGCUUUCAGACCCGGGACUUUCCGAGCGUGGUGAAGCGGGUGCCGGGGACGUGCUGAUGGGGACCGUGCAUUGCUCCCUCCUCAGGGGACGGCAGCCAGAAAGGCGCAGGACCGCUCUCACCGUGUCCCUGGCUCCGAAUGAGCGAAGCUCCACCGGGUCCUGGAGCUCUGCAUCUCCUGGACUCCUUGUGUCCCCUCCUGCUUCUCCCGCCCGGCCCGCACCCUGCCAGCCCGCGCCUGCUGGAGAGGAGCCGCACAGGGCCGGGCCGUUUUUCUGGGACCCCCGGCCUGGGCUGGCUCGAGGCGCAAGCCCGCGUGGGUCAGACAGGCCGGGCUCCGCGCCUGCCUCCCCUGCAGACAGCCGGCUGCCGCGCCGCUGUGCAGACGCAGGGCGUGUAAAUACAGGCCCCCAAAGCAGUGUGUGUGCGUGUGCGUACGUGUGUGCUGGCCGGGGUGUGCGUUUGGGGUGGACUUGGGGUAGCUUGCAGAGACCUCUGCCCAUUUGAAUGAGGACGGAUGACCCUUGGGACCCCAGAGGGCUGUAGACAGGCUUCCUGGGUCCAGAGUGCCUUGGUUUUGGCCACCCAGCCCCUGCCCCACCACUUGUGUCUCAGUGUGGGGUGCAGCGCAGAGCACCCCCGUUCCCCGGGCCUGGCUGGUGCUCACGGCGCUUGGCCGCUGCUCCCGGCCAGCUCCUGAGGGCGCGGUGCCCGCUGUCUCCCGCGACGGCGAGCGUGGCGGCCUGCGUCGGCAGCAGCCUGGGUGCCCGUGUAUAGCUGCUGCGUGUCGGCUGGGCUUGGCCGGUGGCUGGGCGGUAGCCUCUGAGGCGCGUGAUUGGCACCAAGUUGGGCUGCAGCUUUCCUGCUGUGGGCGGAGCCGCGGGCGUGGGCGGCGCCCCGCGGCCCCGCCCAGGCCGGGCAAGGAGCUGGGCUUUGUUUGGGCUGCUCGGCAGCCCCGCGGGCCAGGGAUCCGGGGGAGUGAGCGGACUCUGCGCGCGGGGGCCCGGGGUGCCAGGUCUUUGUGCCCAGUUCCAAAGCGAGGCCCGGCAGGGCCCCGGAUGUCCCUCCCAAAGUUGUUUCUGUGUGAGGCCGGAAAGCCGCACUCUGAACACAUUUCAUGUCUCAGGAACUCACAUUCCAGGUUCAGGAAUUUUAUUCCAAAGUCCUUUGGUGCGCUUUCCGUCCACGGGCCCCCUCCGCGAGGUGGGGCGGCUCCCAGGGGGCGUUGGGAGGCAGGGCUGCCAACCUGCCCAUCUGCACAUAGGAAGGGGGAAAGGACUCCAAACCCAGUCACCUUGGAAUAAAAGAAGAGCUGGUUUGUUUUAGAGGCGGGGUGGGGGGUGGGGGAGGGAGAGCGGGCAUUUGCUGUUUCCAAAGAGAGCACUUAAUUUAAUUUUUCCUCCAAAUGACCCAGGGCUGUUCCGUCUGAUGGAUGGAAGGGUAACAUUGCCUUAAAACAGAAAUAUGCAGGCGUUGGCUAUUUUUGGCAAAUGAGAGUGUCUUCAUUCCCAAAGCGGUUCUGGCCUGGUGGCCGGGUGUGGCCUUGGCUCAGGAGCUGGGGCAUCGGGAGGGGGUCCCGCCAGGCGCUGGGGCCUGGGGCUCCGGCCAGCGCACUGUCCCGACUCGGUCGUGGCGUGGAGAACAUUCAUCAGCCUCUAAGGGCAGGGGCGGGGGGCGGGGGGAGCUAUGAAUCUCAGGCCCGGUUCAAGGGUGCUCUGGGCCCCUGCCUCAGGAAACCGGGAGUCUAAGUGCAGGCGGGGGGGGGGGUGCCGGGCGCCACGCGGGCUCGGCCCCUGGGAACAGGCUGCGUUUUCGUCUAAGAUGUAGAAUGCCUUCCCCCGCCUGGGUGUCUUUCAGGGUUUUUCCUCUCUGGGGUUUAUGGUCGUGCUUGCCAGCGCCCAUGCGACCGCGGAACCCGUAGGACUCCCAGAAAUUACAGUGAAAACCUUUAUUUUUGUGUCUGGCUCCAGGUCACGGGGGCAGAGAUCUCAGAAAGAAGCUUGUCUGAGUGGAAGGGCAGCUCCCUUCCACAAGGGGCCUCAAAGUGACCCCGAACCCAGCCACUGGGGGCACGUGUCCCAUAGAAAAUGUCCCUUUUUUUGUCUCAGCCAUAUUAGGGGAACAGCUAUCUGUCCCCUCAUGCCUACCGGACCCUACAGCCAUCCGGAAAGACAGCAGACCGAGCCCCUGCCACCGAGGGCCCCGGGGUCCUCUGCCACCGGGUGCUACACGGGAGCGGGCAGUGGUGGCCUUGUCUUCACGGGCCCCACCUGCGUCCUGCCAUGCCCCCACCCGCGUCGCUGGAGGUGCGGGACCCCCCACCCUUUAUUCUGAGGCCGCACACACCCGGGCAGGGGCGGCGUCACCACGGUGCAGACUCCAGGUGCAACCGUCACCUCCCCACGCCCCCAGUCACAGCGCGAACCAGUGAUGGGUGACUCAGGCGGUGGUGGACAGCCGGGCCGCCCUCGGAGCGCUCGUUAGGACGCGCAGAAAGGUCUGUGGUCCCCCUGAAGCAGGGCGGACCAGUCUUCAGCAUCCCCGCGCGGGUGUGUCCAGGAGGCCCCGCCUCCUUCUCCCGCAGCAGGCGCUGAGCGGCCUGCGCAGGGUCCCAGCGCGCGCAGGGGCCUCAGCCCCGUGUCAGCGGGCAGGGGAGCCGCUUCCCAGGAAACGCGACCAAAGCAAUAGCGCCCCCUCGUCUCCGGCUUCCGGUCUUGGCUGUGUUUACAAGGCUACCUGACUUGGGACAGGGAGCCCUGAUUUUGUUUCAACCCGUUUUUUACAAGUCGUCCAGCCGAAGACCCAAGUGCUGGAAGAUCGAAAGGGCCAGCAGCGUGGGUCCCGUCACAGCCAGUAGGAAGCGCUUUGCGGGUCAGCCACGCCUGCUGCCACCCGAAGGCUCCGCGUGCGAUUUCGCGGAGUGCGUUUUCCAAAGCCAACGUCAAGGAUGUGGGCUGACAACUUGGUGAAUCCGGCCUGGCCCCGCGGAGAGCCAGGCCCUUUGGCGAUGUCCCCAUGUAGAGGCCAGCUGCCCAAGAUUUGUCCCAGACACAUUCCAGACAAUUUUGUGUCAGAAUUCAGAUGCACAGUCCAGCUUCCUACUGAUAAACGCCGGACAUUCGGCAGGGAGAGCCCCCGCCCCGCCCCGCUGUGCCGUCCGCUGCGGGUUAGAAGAGUUGGAUGUGGCGGGAGCCCCGGGUCCACGAGGGAAGAGGGGCCACACAGUUUCUACUGACCCUGUCGUGAUAUGGGACUCGCGAAGGGCCCCCCUGGCCCGGCCGAGCUUCCCCUGCCUCGUGAAGCUUUAAAACCUUACUGCUUGUCUUUAAGGAUGGACAGAAGCGAGGCCGCGGGAAGCACAGGGGCAGGGCAGGGCCGCAGGAGCUGGCUGCGCCCAGGGCUUGGGGCGUCCUCCUGGGGAUGGUCGGCAGCACACGCUCCUUUGUGAACCAAGUCUGUGAGCUGGGCACCUGCAGGGUGCCCACGGGUCUGCCCGCAGGUGUCUGUCCCACUCCGACCUGCCGGCUGGGCUGGAUGUGGCCGUAUCCCGCCUAGCCUGCCUUCCACGUGGAGGGAGCGGGCCACCUCCCCGCGUGGCUAAGACACCUGGGGUGUAGCGUCCGUUCUGGGGUCGGGGUACCUGCCUCUGGGCCUGUGAGUGGAGGCUGGGCUCCCUGGCCUCACGGUAGAGAGUCUCCCUGUGCCGGGUGCUCGGGCCCCAGGGCUGAACCACGUGGGCGUUGGCCUUUCUGAGCAGCUAUGCAUUGUGGGCGUGGGGCUCGCUGCGGCUCCCGCGUGGCCGGGAAUUGCUUGUGUGGGUGUGUUGGGUGCAUGCGCGGGGGCCUCAGCGGCCCCCAGACCCGCCGCACAAAUGACCCCUUCCCCGUCCAAAGCCAUUGAUGGAGUGUCUGUGGAAUUGUUCGCCAAACUUCCAAGGCCGAAUCCAAGGGUCCAAGACCAUUUCCAUAGAGCACACAGUUUCCUUUUCCAUAGGAACCUUCUUUUCUGUUU